AUGGCUGGCCUCCCUCAGAAGAGCCAGAUGUUAGAAGAGGCAUUUUCGGCAUUGUCAUGUGUUUUCCUGGGAAAACUUCAUGAUGAUAACCAGAUCUUGCGCUAUGGGCUCCAGCUCUACAACCAGGCAAUCCAAAAGAUGUCAAAGGCAAUUAGUCGCAAGAGUUACACCGAUGAUCUUAUUUAUACUUGUUUCAUUUUCCAGCAAAUCCAGAUUCACUAUUGCCCAUCUAGUCUUGCUGAAUGGCUGACUCAUUUCGAUGGGUUGGGCGCCAUUAUGAAAUGCUAUCGCCCAACCAAGUCCACAAGUCAGAUCCUGGCGACAAUAUAUGGCCAAAGUCAUGCUCUGAGCGUAGUACUUGCAGCAUUCAUGCAUCUUCCUGCAGAUACUAUCGACUCAUACAAAAAACACAAAGGAGAUGGAAUACUGGAAACACUGGUUUCAUAUUCAGCAGAAGUAUCACGUAUCGCCGCCGCGGUUGAUACUACAGACGCGUCUGAUCGUGAAGCUUGCCAUUCUCUAUUGAACGACGCCCUGAAUGUCGAAAUGGGGGCUCGAGAACUUGAUAUCAGAAUCAAUCACGGUGUCCCUGGAGACCCUCCCGUAUACGCAUGUGGUGAAUUGAAGACGAGAGUAUCCCAAACGGAUGACCUUUUUGGUCCCGCUUAUCGAUUCUCCUCUCUUGAGGAUGCUACUCUACGCAUUCUUCUCUGGCUUUUACUGUCGUUCACUCAUCCUCUCAUUUGCUAUUGUCAGAGCAGGGUUAAAGCGCAGACGGCUAGUCGGGAACAAGUGAGUGAGCGCUCUCUUGAAGAAAGCGCAAAUAAACUUGCCGAGUUUUAUGUCAGCAAGAGCAUCCGCUGUCUUCCAUACAUUGGUCAAGUUGAUAUGAGCCCAUCGGGGCUUCAUCAUGGGUUGCUGGUUGCCAUCCAGGCGUCCCGGGUAUAUUCGCACUCUAGAGACCAGGCUCGCUUUCUUUGGACUCAGGACCUUUUUUCGACUCUACAACUUGCCGGUUUUGAUUAUGUGGCACGAUUCCGUGAUAUCUUUGGGGCUUAUUGGUCUGAUACCCACCGACAUAAUGUUUUCAGAAUUUUGAAUUACAGGGAGACGGUGGAGAAGAAUAAGACGCCUAUCCAAGACCACCAUUGA